AUGCGUCCCAAACGGGAGCUGCUCGCUUUGCUGCAGCGACUCAACAACUCCGUCGGCAUCUCGGCUCGGCAUGUGUACACGCGCCAGAUCGCAGUCUCGGAGCUCCUGCAGUGCCCGCAGUCCGAAAUCCGCCGACAGUUGCCCGAGCUCUGCGACUUCGUGGACUCCCUCAGCAGCCACAACUCUAACGCUACUGGCACUCCGCCCUCCUCGCUGGUACGUCGUGCCUUCCGACACCCAGAUGCACAGUGGCUGAGUCGCAGCGCGCGUGAGAGUGGCGUCUCAGCGCUGGUAUGUCAGCAACUGGUGCGGUUGGCGAGACAGGACAGCAAUGACGAACUCGUGGAAGACAAUACAACCAACUGGUCGGCCGCCGAGCUCACCAUGCACGUUCUACUAGACGCACUGCUGUCACCGUGCGCACAGCGACUGGGAAAGGCCCCAGACGCCUGUAAGUGGCGUGCGACGCAGCCCAAGCCCAGAUUCCAUGCUAUGACGUGCUUCCCAGUGUGGUCGACCUUGCUGCCGUUCGCAGCGCUGAUGGGACUUCGAUUCCCGGGCCAGCGGGUUAAUUGUAGUUUUGCUCAAAUUACAGGCAUCUGGAGAUUGGUGGAGGAGUUAAACAGAGGCGACAAGGAGAGCCAGAGCGCCGUGACGGAAGUGAUGGUUGGUUUAUUGAGACUCGCAAGCGAUAAAGUGCUCGCAACGUCUGUGGCUGUGAAGAAUGAAAAGAAAACGGUUGGACUGCAUCUGGAUGACCAACUCAUGGAGAAGUUUUCCACUGGACUGCAAGGAUUCUCGUUCAAGAGCUGGCGAGCGAACGCGGUGCUCAAGCCGGCGCUAUUUGAUGCACUGCAGAGCUCUCUAAGUAUUCCAGCGGAUGAGGCGAAGGGUGUUGAGAUACCACAACGAGUUGCUGUGUUUGCGGCAGUAGGGUGCAUCUUUGUUAAGGACCUGGCGGCGGAUAUCGUAUCGACACUCAUCGAGCGUGCCAGUGAUACCGUAACCACGAGUGGAGCAGUCAGAGGACCUCUGCUGAAUUUCCUUGUGGGAUUCUGUGCGCACGUAGACUUGGUAUCGCUGACAUCAGUGAUAGAAAUGUUGGAGUUCCUCGUGGCCGCCUACAAGGCCGUCCCGCAGAAUGAAGGCGAUCUUGAGCCACGACGAGCACAGCAACUGGAACUGGUGUUUUGUAUCGUGUAUGUGGCGUUGCAUCGUUGUCAGAGUGUCGAUACUUUGCGUCAAGAGGUCAGCUCCGACGCUGCAGAGGUCAAGGAACGUCUGGCGCAAUUACAAAUGCGGUUAUGCAGUGACGUUGCGUUCGAGGACUUUUAUGUUGCUGCCCCCUUGCACUGGACCGCAAAAGUAUUGGGGCACUGGGUGUUUCUCUCGGACGAAGAAGUGCAGGCCUUCUCGUCCGAAGCUGAAGAAAAUGACAACGAUUCCGAGAAGGAAUUCAGAGACCGAGUUGAGGCGUGGCACGCUAUAGAAGCGCGCUUUGCCUCCAAACCGGAAUCAUUCUCGGCGUUCACGCAGAUGAAAACGUUGUUGGAGCCGCAUUUGAGACCGUCCAUUCCACUCGACCAGCCAACCCACGAGCAUGGAUUGAUUCUGCCAGCAGCACGGAAGCGUCGACGGACUGAUGAAGUGACGAGAAAUUCUGGAGAUCCUGACAAGCUCGAGCGCUCUAUCGAUGUUCUGUUGCUGCCAGACGUCAUGGAGCGCGUGUGCUCCUUUAUGAGCGCCAAGCGGCUUUGUCGGAUGGCUCUCGUGUGCCGCACAUUUGCAGAUAUCAGCCACCGCGCUUCCCUGUGGCGACCACUUUACAUGCGAGUUGGUUUUCCCAUCUUCAAGACGAAUGCUCUACCUCCUGCGUCGGUGGCGUGUCAUCAUGGCGAGAAGUACGCGCACAACUGGCGCCAACUUCCUAAAAGCCGGACAGUCCAAUGA